UCAAACAGCGGAAAUCAUUAAACUCGGCAGAACUAAUCUGCGCAGCAUUCCACUCAAUUCUAUUUCUUUUAACGACAUUUAGCGUCUUUUAUUUAUUAGUUAUUUGGGGGGAAACUGUGUGAAAUUCAGUUUGAGUAUCCUGAUUAUGGUGUAAACAGGGCAGUUCAGUGACUCUGACAGCGGCAGGUGUAUGAGAGUGUGUAUGUUGGUCUGCUGGUAUGCUGACGUUAGCCAGUAAGCUGAAGAGGGAGGAGGGUGUGAGGGCCGGCCGGACCCCUGCAGGCUCAAACGAUGCCUCUCAUAGAGUGUCCAUCAGAGAUCGACUGCUCAUCAAAGAGGUUGCAGAACUUGAGGCUAACCUUCCAAAUACCUGUAAAGUAAUGUUUCCUGAUGAAAACAAACUCUGUCACUUCCAGUUGUCCAUUUCACCAGAUGAAGGCUAUUACCUUGGUGGAAAGUUUCAGUUUGAGAUUGAAGUUCCCGAAGCCUAUAAUAUGGUGCCUCCCAGAGUCAAGUGCUUGACUCGAAUAUGGCAUCCAAACAUUGCAGAAACUGGGGAGAUCUGUCUGAGUUUAUUGCGAGAGCAUUCAAUUGAUGGUACUGGAUGGGCACCCACUCGUACUCUAAAGGAUGUAGUAUGGGGACUGAAUUCACUCUUCACUGAUCUUCUUAACUUUGAUGACCCACUGAAUAUAGAUGCAGCAGAACAUCAUUUACGGGACAAGGAGGAUUUCAGGAACAAAGUUCAGGACUUCAUCAAAAACUAUGCAAGAUGAUGUCUCUGUUGAGCCACACUCACAUGCAUGUGACUUUGCAGAUGUACGUCGAUCCAGACUGCAACAGAGACAAAAUCUCAAACUAUUAAAACAUACUUGCAAAAGAAGAAAGUUAGAAUGCGUAAUGAAUGAAGCCGCGAGUCCCUGAUCAAGAAUUGGGAGGGGGGAAUGUGGGCCUUACUGUCCAUUUCCGAUGGCUUUUUUUGUUUUUUGAAGCAGAAACUCAUGCAGGUUCUUCUAAAUCAAGUUUGCUUUUACCACCCCACCCCCCCCACACACACAAAAAAAAAAAAGAAAAGAAAAAGAAGUACAAAGAUGGUGAUCAUGAAAAUGAGGACAUAUAACCUCUCUGAUGUCACCUCCUAUGCUAGUGCCUCUGUGUUUUUUGCCACAUAUAACUGGACACACGUUGUAAGCCAACUUCUGCAGCCUGCUUCUUCUCAACUUGACAACCUACAAACACUGAGAUUAAUUUGUUCAUAAGUGAUGUCAUAGAAAUCCCAAAGUUCCAUUGGUUCAUUCGCUCUGGGGGAGGAGUCCACCAAUGAGGAGUUGCAAAAACAUAUAGCACUGAUGUCCCGCAGAAUACGUCGUUGGGUUUCCGAGCGGAUUCUGUAAAGCCAUUUCUUGUUACUUGGCACCUCCCUUCAUGUAAAAUCACUGCAGUUAUCAGACUACUCUGUAUCACAUGUGCACACGCACUAAUAUCAAAAUAUCUGUGGGUGCCUCUGAAUGAGUUAUGAAACUGUUUCAGUUCAAAUACGUGAGGUGUUUGUGGGUGAAUCUCAUGAAUGUCCGGGUCAAAUUUUUAUGGAAGCCAUUUUACACCACGAAAUGAAAAAAAUUUAAUUGUGACCUGUUAUCUAACAAUUCUGACUUGAUAUGCAAAAAAUAAAUAAACUGAGGAUUGCGAGAAAGUCGGAAUUCUGAGCGGGAAAAGUCAGAAUUCUGAAUUACUUUGUCGUAAUUCCAAGUUUAUAUCUUGCAGUUUUGACUUUUCCCCCUGAAUUCUGUGUUUACAUCUCGCAAUUCUAUUGAUUUAUUCAUUUUUUGCCACGGAAUAAAAAAAUAAAAAAGGUAAUCGCAAGUGAGUUUAUAUCUCAUAAUUUGGAUUUUUAUUCUCAGAAUUGAGUUUAUUUCGCAAUUCUAAGAAAAAAGUCAGAAUUACGAGGUUAAAAACAUAAGAACAUAAUAAUUGUAAGAAACUCAGAAUUGCGAGAAAGUUUGAAUUGUGGGAGAGUCACAAUUUCCUUUAUUAUUAUUAUUAUUAUCAUUAUUAUUAUUUUAAUCCCGUGGUGGAAAUGAGCUUUCUUACAUUUUACCCAAAAGUCAAAGGGUAAAAACAAGAAACUCUAUUUUGCAUAUAAUGAAGAUGUGCUGAUAAAGAUUUUGAGUUGAGACAUUAUUUUUAAGAUAAAUUAAGCAUGUUUCCCCCACAUUUAAACAAUAUAUAAUUUUUCCUGCAUUGGGGCAGUGAGUAUUUUGUCAAAACUAUGCUUAAUUAUCAUCAAAUAAUACAAAAAAGCAAAAUAUUAUUUCAUGUUACUUUUAAUGUUUGGGUGAAAUAUGACCCGAACAUGUUCAGGACUGGUUUUGUGAGAUUCACUCUUGCUCUCGUAUGCAUUUUUGUCAGUGUAUACAUGUUCAGCUUUACCGAUGUGUGCAUGUACACAAGAAUAUCUGUAUGCUUGUACUGUGUUUGUGUGAAAGUGUGUGUGUGUGUGUGUUUGAGCGGGAGAGACUGGGAUUUUAAUACAUGUCUGAUUUGGUAGCAUGCACUGGGCUACUGAACUGCUCAGCCAUAAAGCCUGUUCAAUUAGUGAGGAUUUACUUUAUUUAAAUUGAUUUCUUUUUCUCCUUAGAGGUGUAUAUCCAUUUGUAAAGUAUAUUAAAGAAGAAUUCUACCACUAAGUAAAGAUUUUGAGUAAUUUGUGCUUAAUUUUACAGUUUGCACUUUAUCAUUUUUAAAAAAAAAAUUUUUUAUGAGUUUAUCUUUGUCUUGGUCUAGUGAGCCGCCUACCUAGACAACAUUUUUAGGCAUUGCAAUAUGUGAAUUUGCGCAAAAGCACUGUCUAGGUAGUUGGCCCACUAGAGCUAUAAGUGGAAAAGAGCAUGAAAUGUGUAGCUUUGUCUCUGUAUGUGUCUAUUAACAUUGGCUGGGUCUGAACUUGGUGAGCUUUCUACUGAAACACAUUUUUGGGAA